AUGGUAAACUUCACAAUUGACCAAAUCAGGUCCAUCAUGGACCGUCGUGAGAACAUCAGAAACAUGUCUGUCAUUGCUCACGUCGAUCACGGCAAGACCACCCUUUCCGACUCUCUGAUCCAAAGAGCCGGUAUUAUUGCCGACAAGGUUUCUGGUGACAUGAGAUACAUGUCUACCCGUGCUGAUGAGCAGGAGCGUGGUAUCACCAUCAAGUCCUCGUCCGUGUCCCUCCAUUUCAGAAUGCCAGAGGGUAACUUGCCAGCUGGUUCCACCGACCCAGAGUUCUUGAUCAACCUCAUCGAUUCCCCAGGUCACGUUGAUUUCUCCUCAGAGGUCACUGCUGCCCUCCGUGUCACUGAUGGUGCUCUUGUUGUCGUUGACUGUGUCGAGGGUGUCUGUGUGCAAACCGAGACCGUGCUCCGUCAGUCCACUGCCGAGCGUAUCAAGCCAGUCCUCUUUGUGAACAAGGUCGACCGUUUCCUCUUGGAGCUCCAGCUCAACACUGAGGAGGCCUACAUCUCCUUCCGUCGUGCCAUCGAGUCCGUCAACGUUAUUGUCGGAAACAUCGACGACAAGGACUUUGGUGACGUCACCGUCAAGCCAGAGAUGGGAACCGUUGCCUUUGGUUCCGGUCUCCACGGUUGGGGUUUCACCCUCGGCAAGUUCGCCACCCUCUACGCCGCCAAGUUUGGAGUGCCAAAGGAGAAGCUCAUCACCCGUCUCUGGGGUGACAACUACUUCGAUGCCGAGUCCAAGAAGUGGACCAGCAACGCCGUCUCUGCCACUGGCAAGCCAUUGUCCCGUGCCUUCUGUCAGUUUGUCCUCGAGCCAAUCUACCAGCUGUCCCGUGCCGUCGUCGACGACGACCAAGAGAAGAUCAACAAGAUGGUCAAGACCCUCAGCAUUGCCCUCACCACCGAGGAUAUGGAGCUCAAGGGUAAGGCUUUGGUCAAGGCUAUCAUGAGAAAGUUCCUUCCAGCCGCCGACGCCAUUUUGGAGAUGAUUGUCCUCCAUUUGCCCUCCCCACUCAUUGCCCAGAAGUACCGUGUCACCAACUUGUACGAGGGUCCAAUGGACGACGAGUGUGCCACCGCCAUCGCUGCCUGUGAUCCAAACGGACCACUCAUGAUGUACGUCUCAAAGAUGGUGCCCACCUCUGAUAAGGGUCGUUUCUACGCUUUUGGUCGUGUCUUCUCCGGUGUCAUCCGUACCGGCCAGAAGGUCAGAAUCAUGGGACCAAACUACGUUCCAGGCAAGAAGGAGGAUCUCUUCCUCAAGUCCAUCCAGCGUACCGUUCUGAUGAUGGGCCGUAAGACCGAGCAAAUCGAGGACUGCCCAUGUGGUAACAUCAUUGGUCUGGUCGGAGUCGACCAGUACCUCGUCAAGUCUGGUACCAUCACCACCUCAGAGUCUGCCCACAACAUCCGUGUCAUGAAGUUCUCUGUGUCCCCAGUCGUGCGUGUUGCCGUCGAGGCCAAGAACCCAUCCGAUCUCCCCAAGUUGGUCGAGGGUCUCAAGCGUCUUGCCAAGUCUGACCCAUGUGUGCUCUGUUACACUGAGGAGUCUGGUGAGCACAUCGUCGCCGGAGCUGGUGAGCUCCAUCUUGAGAUUUGUCUCAAGGAUCUUGCUGAGGACCAUGCCGGUAUCGAGAUCAAGACCACCGACCCAGUCGUGUCCUUCCGUGAGUCAGUCUCUGCUCACUCCAACCAGAUGUGUCUGUCCAAGUCACCAAACAAGCACAACCGUCUCUACCUCAAGGCCGAGCCAAUCCCAAUGGAGCUCCAGGAGGAGAUCGAGGCUGGUUCCGUCUCUGCCAAGGACGAUAUCAAGCUCCGUGCUGUCCACUUGGGCGAGAACUACGGUUGGGACCAGAACGACGCCAAGUCCAUCUGGUCUUUCGGUCCAGAGGGUACCGGUGCCAACUUGUUGGUCAACGUCACCAAGGGAGUCCAGUACAUGAACGAAAUUAAGGACUCUUUCGUCGCUGCCUUCCAGUGGGCCACCAAGGAGGGUGUCAUCUGUGACGAGAACAUGAGAGGUAUCCGUUUCAACAUUCACGACGUUACCCUGCACACUGAUAACAUCCACAGAGGUGGUGGUCAGAUCGUCCCAACUGCCCGUCGUGUCAUGUACGCUGCCGAGCUCACUGCCGAUCCAAUCCUUUUGGAGCCAAUGUACUUGGUCGAGAUCACUGCCCCAGAGUCUGCCGUCGGAGGUAUCUACGGUGUGCUCAACAGACGUCGUGGUCACGUCAUCUCUGAGGAGCGUCGUGUCGGUACUCCACUCUUCUCCGUCAAGGCUCACAUGCCCGUCUUGGAGUCCUUCGGUUUCACUGCCGAUCUGCGUUCCCACACUGCCGGUCAGGCCUUCCCACAAUGUGUCUUCGAUCACUGGAACUCCAUCGGUGUCGUCGGUUCAGACAAGAAGGCUACUGAGGUCGCCCUCGGUGUCAGAAAGAGAAAGGGUCUCUCUGAUGAGAUCCCACCCUUGGAUCGUUUCAUCGACAAGCUCUAA